AUGCUGGAGGCCAUCUGUAAGCACUGGGAGGGCCCGGUCAGCCUGGCCCUGUACCUGUCGGACGCGGAGGCGCAGCAGUUCCUGCGCUACGCCCAGGCCUCCGAGGUGCUGGCGGCCCGGACUAACGUGGGCUACCACGUGGUCUACCGCGAGGGCCAGUUCCACCCGGUCAACCUGCUGCGCAACGUGGCCCUGAGGAACGCCCGCACGCCCUACGUCUUCCUCACCGACGUGGACUUCCUGCCCAUGUACGGCCUCUACGAGUACCUCAGGUCGGUGGUCCAGCUGGACAUGGCCCACAGCAGGAAGGCUCUGGUGGUCCCGGCCUUCGAGACGCUGCGCUACCGCCUGUCCUUCCCCAAGUCCAAAGCCGAGCUGCUCUCCAUGCUGGACAUGGGGACCCUCUACACCUUCAGGUAUCACGUGUGGCCGAAGGGCCACGCCCCCACCAACUAUGCCAAGUGGCGCACGGCGGUGACGCCCUACCGGGUGGAGUGGGAGGCGGACUUCGAGCCCUACGUGGUGGUCAGGCGGGACUGCCCCGAGUACGACCAGCGCUUCGUGGGCUUCGGCUGGAACAAGGUGUCCCACGUCCUGGAGCUGGACGCACAGGAGUACGACCUGAUGGUGCUCCCCAACGCCUUCAUGAUCCACAUGCCCCACGCGCCCAGCUUCGACAUCUCCAAGUUCCGCUCCAGCUCCAGCUACCGCCACUGUCUGAACACGCUGAAGGAGGAGUUCCACCAGGACCUGUCCCGGAAGUACGGGGCCGCCGCCCUCAAGUACCUCACCGCCCACAGGACCGUGUAG